GUGAAGAAGCCAAUACUAAGUGUUUUCAAAGUUGGUUACAACUCUGACGGCAAAGCCCUGGAUCAAUCAAGGAGAGACUUGAGGGGGUAGCACCCAGCCCUGGUCACGCUGGUGAUAAUGCUUCCAUAGUCAAAACGGUUCUGUGUAGACCGAUAGUCGCAGAAUUUCAUGCAAUAUUCAGUCAGCCAUAAAGAUAAGCAGUUUACCAGAACGGACCUUAGCUGAUAUGUUCGCACGGUGAGAAACCAUUCCUUCGUGCAACCUGUGAGAAGGCCCUGUCUUGGAAGAGCAUCUAAGCAAUUGUGUAAGGAUGCACACGGGUAGCAAUUCCUCUGUGUGAAGCCUUCGCAAACUAUGUACAUGUACAUGUACAAUUAUCUUCAACAGUCUUCAUCACUCUGGGGAAGAGCUGUUUGUAUGAAUCUGUGAAUUGUGAUGAUGUCUAAUUGACAGAGAAGUCUACGAGAGCAAGAUGCACAAGGGUGAGGAAGCAUGCUUUUGUGUCACCUGUGGUAAAGCUUUUACUAGGCCAAGUGCUCUACACCAACAUGAGAAGAUUCACUCUGGCGAGAAACUGUUUGUUUGUGCAACCUGCGGUAAAGCUUUUACUAGGCCAAGUGCUCUACACCGACAUGAGAGGCUUCACACUGGUGAGAAGUCAUUUGUUUGUGGGACCUGUGGUAAAGCUUUUACUCAGUCACAUGGUCUACACCAACAUGAGCAGAUUCACACUGGCGAGAAACUGUUUGUUUGUGCAACCUGCGGUAAAGCUUUUAUUCGGCGAAGUGAUUUGCAUAGACACGACAGGGUUCACACUGGUGAGAAACCAUUCGUAUGUGCGUCCUGUGGUAAAGGUUUUUCUCAGCAAACAGGUCUACGCCAACAUGAGAGGAGCCACCUUGUUCGGAAACCAUAUGUUCAACCUGUGCUGAAGCCUAAACUGAUGAAGAAAAACCUGGACCAACAUGAUAGUGUUCUCACCAGUGAAAAACCAUUUGCUGGUGAGACCUAUGGUCAAACGUCCACCCAGGAAAAUGAUCUAACUGAACAUGCUACGAUUCACACUGGUGAGAAACCAUUAGUUCAUGCAAUGUAUGGGAAUACUCAGCAAGCGAGUCCAGGCCAACAUAAAAAGAGUCACUCACAGGAGAAACCAUUUGUUUCUUCUACCUGUGGUAAAGCCGUUACUGAUGAAACUAAUCUGCACCAACACGAGAGGUUUCACACGGAUGAGAAACCAUUUGCUUGUGAGACCUGUGGUAAAACUUUCACCCAGAAAAAUGAUCUAACCAAACAUGCUUGGACUCACACUAAUGAGAAACCAUUUGUUUGUCAGACCUGUGGUAAAGCUUUCACCCAGAAAAAUGAUCUGACCAAACACGCUUGGACUCACACUGGUGAGAAACCAUUUGCUUGUCGGACCUGUGGUAAAGUUUUCACCCGGAAAAGGAAUGUUACCAGACAUGCUAGGAUUCACACUGGUGAGAAACCAUUCGGUUGUACAAUCUGUGGGAAAAGCUUUACUCUGCCAGCUGGUCUACACAAACACAAGAGGGUUCACACUGGCGAGAAACCAUUCGUUUGUGAGACCUGUGGCAAAGCCUUUACUCAGUCAAGCGGUCUACACCAACAUCAGAAGAUUCACACUGGAGAGAAGCCGUUCAUUUGUGCAACAUGUGGUAAAGCCUUCGCUAGGCGAUCUGAUGUGCGUAGACAUGACAAGACUCACUUACAUUUUGAGAGCACUCAGAGCAAGGCCGUAGGAAGCAAUACAGCAGGUACGGUUAUAACCGUACCAAUAAUAACAUGCCUUGUUUUUACGGGUUAAGCUUGCAGUUGUGCAUUGCACCAAAAUGUAUCUUGUACAAAUUACAAAGAAAAAUAGUUCCUAUUCGCUCUUUUCACACUCCGCCAUUGGGCAU